UUGGCUUUAUUUAUCAAUACUUUAGUGCUUUAUGUACUUUUCUUCGAUUGACGAAACACCAAGAAACUAUUAGAGGUCUAUCUCAGAAAAGAUUUGAUCAAAUAUUGCUGAAAAAGCAGUUAUGUUGACAUUUUUGUCAUAGUUUGACGUCAUUAGUAUCAAUCCGCGUGUGGUUUUUACUGAAGUAGUCCCCGGUAGGUUUGGCAGAUCACCUUGAGCUCGUGAUCCGAAGCGCAGCGCAUCAGUCUCGGCCGACUAUCAAUCAGCAAACGCAGGAUAUUACCCGUCUCUUCCACGAUGCCCCACACUAAAGUUCAGGAUAUGGGCUCUGCCUUCAUCCAGACGCAGCAGCUCAACGCUGCCAUGGCCGACACCUUCCUGGAGCACAUGUGUCUGCUGGACAUCGACUCGGAGCCCACCAUCGCCCGCAACACUGGCAUCAUCUGCACCAUCGGACCGGCCUCUCGCUCUGUGGAGAUGCUGAAGGAGAUGAUCAAGUCUGGCAUGAACAUCGCUCGCCUCAACUUCUCUCACGGCUCACACGAGUAUCACGGUGACACUAUUAAAAAUGUACGUGAAGCUUGUGCCACCUUCGAGCCGGGCAGCAUCCAGUACAGACCAGUGGGCAUCGCUCUGGACACCAAGGGACCAGAAAUCCGAACCGGACUCAUUAAAGGAAGCGGCACGGCGGAGGUGGAGCUGAAGAAGGGAAAUAAGAUCAAAGUGACCAUGGACGAUGCUUUCAUGGAGAGCUGUGAUGAGGAAACACUCUGGCUGGACUACAAGAACAUCACCAAGGUGGUAGAAGUGGGCAGCAAGGUCUACAUUGAUGAUGGACUCAUUUCUCUCCAGGUCCUGGAGAUCGGAUCUAACUAUCUGGUGUGUGAAAUUGAGAACGGAGGAACUCUGGGAAGUAAGAAAGGUGUCAAUCUGCCGGGUGCCGCGGUCGACCUGCCCGCCGUGUCUGAGAAGGACAUCCAGGACCUGCAGUUCGGCGUGGAGAUGGGGGUCGACAUGGUCUUUGCCUCCUUCAUCCGCAAGGCGUCUGAUGUGCACGAGGUGCGUAAGGUGCUGGGAGAGAAGGGCAAGAACAUCAAGAUCAUCAGCAAGCUGGAGAACCACGAGGGUGUGCGCAGGUUUGAUGAGAUCAUGGAGGCCAGCGAUGGUAUCAUGGUCGCUCGAGGAGACCUGGGUAUUGAAAUCCCCACAGAAAAGGUGUUCCUGGCCCAGAAGAUGAUGAUUGGUCGCUGCAACAAAGCAGGAAAGCCAAUCAUCUGUGCCACACAGAUGUUGGAGAGCAUGAUCAAGAAGCCUCGCCCGACGCGUGCCGAGGGCAGCGAUGUGGCUAACGCCGUCCUGGACGGAGCCGACUGCAUCAUGCUGAGUGGAGAGACGGCGAAAGGAGACUAUCCUCUGGAGGCCGUACGCACCCAGCACAUGAUCGCUCGCGAGGCAGAGGCGGCUAUGUUCCACCGGCUGGUGUUUGAGGACCUGCGCCGCUGUUUACCCCCCUCCACCGACCCCGCCGAGGCCAUCGCCAUCGGGGCUGUGGAGGCCUCCUUUAAAAUCCUGGCCUCUGCGUUUAUAGUCCUCACUGGGUCCGGCAGGUCUGCUCAUCUGAUCUCCCGUUACCGUCCGCGUGCCCCAAUCAUCGCUGUGACCCGUGACGAGCAGACGGCCCGACAGGCUCAUCUGUACCGCGGCAUCUUCCCCGUGCUCUACAACAAACCCUCCAACGACGUGUGGGCCGAGGAUGUGGACCUGAGGGUCAACUUUGCCAUGGAUGUUGGUAAAGCUCGUGGGUUCUUCAAGCCCGGUGAUGUGGUGAUCGUCCUGACCGGCUGGCGUCCAGGAUCCGGUUACACCAACACCAUGCGUGUCGUCCCAGUGCAGUAAACUGGACUCGACCGCAGCGGUUCAUACAUCAGUCAUCAUCACACGCCCGUGGACCACCAUCACUUAGACGUUCAUUCUCACUGCUUUCACUUUCUUUUCAGUCUCGAGCAUAAUCUCUCACUCCUGUAUCCAGAGCUGUCUGUCUGUCUGCUCGUGAAGCACAGACGGAGCGAACACCUUUGCCCUUGAACAAACCGCAGCAUCCUGAAACCAGGCGUACUGUCCCUCUCCUUAGUUUUAUUUCUAGUUUCUUUGUGUUCACACUUCUAGUGAUGUUACAUUCUGUGUUGCACUUGUCCAUAAGACCGUUUGAUUUGGGGACGAGGCGACCAAUGUGCUAUAUAUUUGAAAUGUUAACAUUGGGACGUCCACGUCCGGAUCAUUUCCUUCUGUUUUAGUGGACUGAGGAGUUUCUGAGAGAUGAGUUUCAAUUAAGCAGCGUCGGUCACAUUCCCAGCUUCCAUCUCUGCCCUCAUGUCGCACUUGCUUCUGUGUGUGUGUGUGAGAUCUACCUGCUUCGUGUCGCUAGGGUGCAAGAUGUACUUAUAACUGUAAGAGUAAACUAUAGUAUCAUUCAAAAGUGUUGUAUUCAAGACUGAAUUAAUAAAGGAGACAAGCACUUGGCCAGA